AUGUAUACAGUUACCGGAUUGGUGAAGUCGAAUGUAGCUAGAUCGAUAGUGCCUAAACGUUGGAAUUCCAUCAAUAAGAAAUUGCACAAAGUGCUAAGUAAAAUGCCACUAGAUCCUAAACACAUUGCCGAAGCCCAGAAGCAGCGAUUGAAGUUGAAGCAAAAAGUAUCGAAAGUAUCGCCCGGCAUUGUAAACCUUCAGGUGCUAGGAUGUGGCGCACCGGGAACGCCGGCAUCGGUAUACCUAUUCACGGAUCAAACUCGCUAUCUUUUUAACUGUGGCGAGGGUACGCAAAGGUUAGCGUACGAGCACAAAACGAAGCUGUCCUGCUUGGAGAACAUUUUCAUGACCCGUACUAACUGGGAGCGGAUCGGUGGCCUGCCGGGAAUAUGUUUGACAAUGCAAGACGUCGGCGUGCCGGCUGUAUCGCUCCAUGGGCCACCCGGUUUGGAUGAGUUGUUCAAAGCGAUGCGUCGGUUCGUCAUACUAAAGGACAUGAAAGUGGAAGCCUCCGAAUAUGCUACCGGAGACGUGUACGAAGACCACGUUAUGACUCUUCAAUACAUUGUAAUCAAUCGCGAAACGAGCGAAUUGAAAGCGGCCGAAUCUGAUGAAGAGCCAGCCCAGGAGGAGGCUCCCGUAGAUGAUACGGAUUAUUACGCGUACGAGAGAAAAAAGGAAACUGCCCAGCAGCCACAACAGGAUAGCGCUAAAAACAUUCGAACGAUGGACUGGACAAAACGCGAGGAAAGUUCCGUAAUGGCAUACAUUUGCAAACUGAAACCACGCCACGGACAACUGUCUUUGGAAAAAUGCGUUGAACAGGGCGUUCCGCCCGGUCCAUUGCUUGGACAGCUAAAGAAUGGCAACGAUGUUACCUUACCCGACGGACGUGUUGUUAAAUCCGUUGACGUUCGAGCUCCAGACGAUCCUGGACCCGUAUUUAUGUUCAUUGACAUUCCCUGUCGAGAGUAUUUGAAAGAUUUCUUGGCAAAGGGUGAUUUGUUUGCGAAAUAUCAGCAACAAGCGACGGAGGAAGCGGAUCAGGCAAUUUUCGUUAUACAUUUUAGCCCACUCGAUGUGAUGCACUGUGAAGAAUAUCGGCAGUUUAUGGAUCAAUUCUCUGCCAGCACCAGGCACAUUGCAUUGAACGAGGUGAAUAGUUUUUCCGGUUAUAUUGCAGCUCACCGGAUUCAAUACCAUUUGAAUCAGUUAGAUGAACAAAUAUUCCCACUGCUACGAGAAGAGAACAAUGAGUAUGAAGUUCUUCCAGCGACUGAUAGCGAUCUGGUACGAUCGUCAUCUUUAAGUUACAUGCACAUUCGGCCACCCAAAGGGAUCGACAGGACACAAGAAGCAUUGAUCAAUCCAGCCGAGUACCUGAGUGAAUUAGAAUUGCUACCAGACUUUAAAGAAGCUCUAGGCGAAUUAAAGCAUCAACUGGUACAGCAUAACAAGCGACGAACGGCGUCGGUCAGAGCACAACAAUAUCCACGCAUGAUCUUCCUCGGUACCGGGUCAUCGAUACCAAACAAAACGCGAAACGUUAGCGCAAUUUUGAUCUUAACUAGUAACCAAUCCUCUAUUCUGUUGGACUGUGGUGAAGGAACUGUUGGUCAGAUAUGGCGAUUUUUCGGCAAAAGCCACGCUGAAACCGUCUUGCGAUCGAUAAAGGCGGUCUAUAUUUCGCAUCUGCAUGCCGACCACCAUCUGGGACUAAUUGGUUUAUUGCAAGCACGUAAUAAGUUGUUCGGCAAUAGCUGUGAACGUUUGACACUGCUUGCACCGGAACAAAUUUCCUACUGGCUUCGGUUGUACGAUUGUCGCUUCGAAGCCAUUCACAAAGACUAUAGGCUCGUGAAGAAUGCGGAUCUGCUAGAGAAUUCCUUCAAAGAUGAAAAAUUGCUGGAGAUGGGUAUUAAAGAAAUCGCUACCUGUCGUGUCCGACACUGUCCACACUCGUUCGGAGUUGCCUUAAAAGUGGUAUCGGCUGGAACCCAUCCGGAAACCAACAUAGAAGGGGAUGUAAAAAUCACCUACAGCGGUGAUACCAUGCCUUGCGAAAGUCUGAUCGCGCUGGGCCGUGAUUCGACCGUUCUCAUCCACGAGGCAACCAUGGAGGACGAGUUGGCAGCGGAGGCACGCAUCAAAAUGCACAGCACUCUCUCGCAGGCGAUCGAUCAGGGACGGAAAAUGAAUGCCCGUUACACACUACUAACGCACUUCAGCCAGCGGUACGCUAAAAUUCCGCGCCUUCGACCCGAACAGCAACAGUCGGGACUCGGAACCGAUUUAGGAAUAGCGUUUGACAACAUGGAGGUAACGCUGGACGAUUUACCUACACUGUGUAAGUUUUACCCGGCACUGAAAGCGAUGUUUAUAAGCCACUUUGAGGAAAUGGAACAGAAAGCGAUAAAACGAGGUAACAAAAAGUUACGUCUAGAGUCGGUAAAAAAUAGCACCAUAGGCAGCGCUUGUUCUCCAACGCGUUAA